ACUGUGACGGGGGAACCUUGGCGUCAGGCUGUGGGGCUCCUCGAAUUUCGGGCAUCGAACGCCAGGGCCAGAAGUCGUCCCCCUCCUUCAGUUUGGGUUUGCGGAAUUACCUUGGUGUUUAUCGGGCACUUCUGAGGGAGAAGUUGCUGAAAAGUAUCGAAGUCUUAAGUGAAAUCUGCGGAUUCUAAGGGAAAUCUUCAGGCACAAUGGAAUCCGGUGAGGACGGAAAUGGAGGAUCUAGUCCAGCUGGAGAGGCUAGUGAAGUAGAGUCUGAUAAUGAGUCUGUAAAGUCAGUAGCAUCAAGAACAUCGCAAGUAUCUCGAACCUCACGGACAUCUCAAGUAUCUAGGAGUUCGCAGGUCUCCAGGGCAUCUGCACGUUCAGCAGCAUCAAGGAGAUCAAGGGCAUCAUCCCGGGCUUCUCGUCGAUCUAGUGUUAGUAGUGGGGGAAACAAUAGUGAUGAUGAAGCUGACAAAAGGUCUGUUGGUGGAAGUGAUAGUGAAGUAGAAGAGCGACGAUCAGUUAAUGAUAGUGAUGAUGAAGAUGCUCCUCAUAGAGAAGCUGUGUCCAAAUCUCCUCCCAAAAGCCCAGAUAAUGCAGAAGAAAAGCAAAAGGUUUCUGAUGAGGUUUUUGGGGCAUCUGAUUCUGAAGGGGAAAAGGAUAAAGGAAGCAAAGCUGGAAGUCCAGCACGUAGUAAAACAUCAUCUCCCAAUAAAUCAAGAAGUGAAGCAGGAAGCCGUGCAGGAAGUAAAUCUGCAAGCAGAUCGCGGAGUCGUAGUGGAUCAAGAAGCAAAUCUCGAAGUAGGUCAAGAUCACGUAGUGGUUCAAGAAGUCGCUCUAGGUCAAGAAGUGGUUCUGGAAGUCGUAGUCGUUCAAGGUCAAAGAGUAGUUCUCGUAGCCGUUCAAGAUCUAAGAGUGGUUCCCGGAGCCGUUCAAGGUCAAAGAGUGGCUCUCGGAGUCGUUCAAGGUCAAGAUCUAAGAGUGGUUCUAGAAGUCGUUCAAGGUCAAGAAGUGGGUCUCGCAGUCGUUCAAGGUCAAGGAGUGGUUCACGUAGUUCUCGUAGUAAAUCAUCACGAAGUCGAAGCAGGUCAGGGUCCCGCAGUGGUUCUGGUAGUCGUUCUCGCAGUCGAUCUGGUAGUAGAUCAAAAUCAAGAUCAAGGAGCAGAUCCAGAAGUCGUGGCAGUGCAAAGAGUGGCGGUAGCAGUCGAUCACGUUCUCGCUCUAAAUCUGGUUCAGAUAGUGCCUCAGAGAAAAAACGAAAAAUGUCAGGUUCAGGUUCAGACUCAGAUGUAGCAGUUCGAAAAAAGGUUAAACGUAAGAAGAAAUCUGCUGGAAGCGGCAGUGAAAGUGGUGGUGGUGCUGUUCUUAGUGACUCUGAUGAUGAUUCUCCUAAGCGCAAGAAAAACCUAACUAAGCGUAAAAAGAAUGCAAUGUUAAGUGGCAGUGAUAGUGACUCAGGAGUAGAGAAUAAAUCCAAGAAGUCUCUACAAAGGGAUAGUGAUGCUGAAUCAAAUCGAAGUCGCCAGGGGACUCCGCCCCCCGAGUCUGCAGAACAAACAGAGGAUCAGAAUGGAACUGCUGCACCACUGCCACAGUUGUCUGAUAGCGAGGAUGAAGCUAUUCGACAGCAGCUUCGGGAGGGUAAAGAAGAACAGGAAUACCAGAAUGAUUUUGAUGCUAUGAUGGCCAAAAAGAAAGAGGAAGGUGCUAAGUAUCGAAGAAGGAAAAAUAAUGUUGAUAUUAUAAAUGACAACGAAGAGCAUAUUUCCGUCAUAGUUAGGAAGAUGAGAGAAGCUGCUGACCAGGAUCGUGAAUUGAAUGCAAGAAGAGCUCCUGCUACGAAGAAGAUAGCAAUGUUAGAUCUUGCUAUGAGUCAGAUACAAAAAGCAAAUUUGAUUGAAGGCUUUUUAGAAGCUAACCUGCUAUCUGCUCUCACAGACUGGUUAGCACCAAUGCCAGAUCGCUCCCUUCCUGCAGCAAAAAUUCGAGAAGUGGUCAUAAAGUGGCUUCUCCAGCUACCUCCAUUGUCAUCAGAUAUGUUAAGGACAUCUGGUAUAGGUAAGGCCAUUAUGUACCUUUAUAAGCAUCCAAAAGAGAGUAAGUUAAACAGAGAACGAUGUGGAAGACUUAUAGCAGUAUGGUCAAGACCAAUCUUCAACAAUUCAGAUGAAUUUAAAACUUUGAGCAAAGAAGAACGUUAUGAGAGAGAUCGUGAGCAGCAUCAGAAUGCAGGUGUUGGCAAAAAGGAUGACAUUCAAAUAGAUGAGGCCACUGGAAAACCUUUGCGACCUGGUGAUCCUGGUUGGUGUUAUAGAGCUCGAGUUCCCUUGCCCUCUAAUAAAGAUUAUGUUCUCAGGCCUAAAUGGCAAACAGAUGUAGACAUGAGUAAGGGCCGUAAAAAAGAAGCAUCCAGACUAGAUAAACAAAUGAGAGCCUUCAAAGAGAAGAAGAGGAUGGCAAAGGCCCAAAGGGCAGUCAAGAUAAGUAUUGAAGGCAGGAAUAUGGCUUUGUAAUUAGUUUUUCAUGCAAUAGUACCCUUGUAAAAAUACUGUACUGUACUUGCUGUAUUUAUAUUAAGGAUAUUUUGAGACAUUGACUUUUGUUUAUUUCAAAUUUAAGUUUUGAAACCAAUCAGCACACAAAUAGUAUGUGACUUAUAAUCAUACCUAACUUUCUUUUAAAUUUCUUCAAUUAUAAGAUCUCUAGCAAAAAAAGAUUAGGUAAGUGACUAGGAAUCAUGUUUGAAGAUAUGUCAGAUUAUAAAGUUAAUUUUUUGGCAUCUUGAACCUUUUGGUACAUAUUAUGCAGGUGCUUUAAUAGUAUGGCAACUGAUAGUCUCUCUUUUGCUGUAAAGUAAUUUCCAGGUAUGUACUUCUACCCUGGCAAGGGGUCACUAAUAUCAGGGCAAAAUAGUAUAGAACAAUGAGAGUAAAAGGUGGUAUGAAGAUACUGAAACGAAAGAUUGUUUUUGGUUAAUGAAGUUCAUUAUUUGAUUAAACAAGCCUUCUGAUAUUUAUAUAGCAUGCUGUAUAGCUGCAUUAAUCUCUCCUGGAUCUUUUUUUUUUCUCAUUGAGGAAAGAGGUGCGGAAGUGCCAAUGGUGUGUAUACUGGCAAAGAAAAAGCAUUAGUAAGCUACCCUUCAGUUGUUACUAUUGUUAGUUUAAGCUUGGUAUGUUCUAGUGUGGUAUUUUAUACUUGCUCAGUGCUUUAACCAAAUACCUGUUACUUUCAUAUGGUUUCACUAGUGUGUGCUAUACUGCUUGUUGCUAUGGCAUGUACUGCUCUUGUGCAAACAGUAUAUAAACACGUGUCACAUGAAAUCUUAAUUUUAAUGUCUUUUCUUUAUUACAUUACUGCAGGAAGGUCUAUUAAAGUUAAACUCAUCAUUACUUUGUUACAUUUCCUAGUCAAGAACUUGGGAGUCAAGGAGUCAGUGUAAGUUGACUCAAUUAAUGAGAAAAAUUGUUAUUCACUCUUCCAAAGUGGUUAUAAAAUAACAUUUUCAGAUUACAAAAUUUUCAAUUUGCUUAAUAUACAGUCUGUGUCCUUCCAUAUAUUUUGUGAGAUUUUUUAUUUUCAAGAAGUCUUUAGUCUACUGUCACUUUACUCUAAAUCUAGUUUUCUGCAUUUUCAAAGAGUACCAAAGGUAUCCAUGGGCCUUUCUAUUUUACGUCAACAGUCAAGUUUUUCAUGCUCAGUGUUUUACAGCACAAAAGUUGCGCAAGUGAAAUUGCAGUAGUGUGCAUAAUGUCAUCAACCAGUUUUGUAACAAAGUUCAUUAUGUUCUCUUGCAUCCAGGGGAACCUUUUACAUGUAUGCCCCUCUGUUAUUUUCUUUAUUCAUCAGGAUUUGAUAAAAUAAUCUUGAGUGGAAUUUUUAUUUUUAGAUUUUAUGUAUUAAUUGUACAUUUGAUUAUCAGUAUUAGUAAGACUAUUUGUUCAUUUGUAGAUUAGGGAAAAUUAAGCAUGUAAAAGUAAUAUUAUUAUAUAGGAAAUAAUUGGUAAAAUUUAUUAAAUCCAACAUUUAAAAUUUAAUUCUUAUAGUCCUAUGAUGCAUUUCUUGUUCCAUGUAAUUCUAUACAACAUUGUUUUGACUGCAAUUGUUUUUCAUAAAUUGUUUUCAUGACAUCCCAAUCUUGAAAGCACAAUUUUUUUUUGCACUAUUAUUUUUUUUUUCUACCUUUGUUGUAAGUUGAUACAAUAAACAGCAAAAAUUGUACAAGAUGUAACCAAUGAAACUGCAGUAUUUUGGGGGAGAGAGAGAGAAACAAAACUUUUAUCCUUAUUUUCUCAGUAUUGUAAAAUUUCUCCAUAUUCUGGCCUAAGCCAUUCAAGUUAAGGACAAAGUAGUUUCAGGUUUAAUAAGAAUUGUCAAGAAUCUAAAAGUACCAUCCAUUAAUUUUGUUUGCUAAGAGCAAUCGUAGUGUACAGAUAGUAAAGAUGUUACGUUCAUAUGACAGCGGAGUACUUUGGAUAAUCCUGUCACUUAAAAGUAUGUAUAUGGUUCUUUAAAAGAAUAGAAAAACCCAAAUGUUAGCUGGAUUUUGAAAUAUGAUACUGCACAUUCUUUAUUCAUUCAAAGUGAGUAACUAAAUACCUGUAAUGAAGACUUUUUGAUAUAUGGGUUACUAUGUUUUGAAUGUAAAUUUUCUUCAUAUUUCAGUGAUUCAAAGGAAAAGUAAUGAAUGUUUUAGUUCUGUAAGGUACAGUACAUUUUACUUAUGUUGUGAUAUAGGAUCUAAUCUGUUCAUCUUUGUAAAGAAAAAAAUAAAUUAUAAUCUUUCAAA